AUGCAUUACAUACAGAUUUUACUUGUUGUUUUCACUAGUACAUCCAUUUUGGGUGUCUAUGCUACACAAAGUAUGCAUAAGGUUCAAAAGACGAAUGGUGUAAAAAUUGUAGGGGGUAGUGAGACGACCAUACAGAAAUAUCCUUACCAAGUAUAUCUGUUAUUGAAGCCUGCUUUUGAAAAUGAUUACUACCAAUGUGGCGGUUCAAUUGCUAAUCAGCGCUGCAUUAUCACAGCAGCUCAUUGUUUGGCCGGGAUGGACACGGUGAAUAUUAGAGUGGGAAGUACCAAUGCCUACAGCGGUGGCACUACGUACGAUUCACGAAUGCUCAUCAAACAUCCUCAAUACAACGGCACGACGUACGAUUACGACAUCGCCAUAGUAAGACUGGCCAGACCCAUUAAGAUAGACGGCAGGAACAGUUCAAGAAUUACCUUCCCGUCCAAUUACUGUUCCGUCGGUCCUGGAACCAACUUGACUGUUACUGGUUGGGGUGACACGUCUGAAAACGGUGAAAGUAGUACAAAUCUGAUGGCGGUAACCGUCGACGCCAUAGCUAGUAAUGAAUGCAGAAGAGCAUAUCCCGGAUUAACCCCCCGCAUGCUAUGCGCUGGUGUUGCUGAAGGUGGAAAAGAUUCUUGCCAGGGUGAUUCAGGUGGACCAUUGGUCAGGACCGGAACGAAAACUCAAGUGGGUGUUGUUUCCUUUGGAAUGGGCUGUGCGAGACCGGGCACACCUGAUGUCUAUGCUACACUGAGCCCACUUAAGGUUCAGAAGAUGAAUGGUGGAAAAAUUGUAGGGGGUACUGAGACGACCAUACAGGAAUAUCCAUACCAGGUGUAUCUGUUAUUGAAGCAGGCUUUUGCCAAUAAUUACUACCAAUGUGGCGGUUCAAUUGCUAACGAGCGCUGUAUUAUCACAGCAGCUCAUUGUUUGGACGGGAUGGAGUCGGUAAAUAUUAGAGUGGGAAGCACCAAUGCCAACAGCGGCGGCACUACGUACGAUUCACGAAUGCUCAUCAAACAUCCUCAAUACAACGACACGACGGGCGAUUACGACCUCGCCGUAAUAAAACUGAUCAGACCCAUUACGUUAGACGGCAGGAACAGUUCAAGAAUUACCUUCCCGGCCAAUAACUGUUCCGUCGCCCCUGGAACCAACUUGACUGUCACGGGCUGGGGUGACACGACCGAAAACGGUGCUAGAAGUACUACUCUGAUGGUGGUAACCGUCGACGCCGUUGCCAGUGAUGAGUGCAAAAGAACAUAUCCCGAAUUAACUUCCCGCAUGCUAUGCGCUGGUGUUGCUGAAGGUGGAAAAGAUUCUUGCCAGGGUGAUUCUGGUGGCCCGUUGGUCAGGACCGGAACGAAAACUCAAGUGGGUGUUGUUUCCUUUGGAAUAGGCUGUGGGAUACCGGACACACCUGGUGUUUAUGUAAAUUUAUGCAAUCCCAAUAUCCAAAGAUGGUUAAGACGCAUGGGAUGCGCC